GCUCAGAGCCGCUUUCGCUGCCACUGUCUGCUCCCUGGGGCCUCGACCGCCGCCUCCCCCAGGCCGGGGUUCUGUCCGCUGGGCCUGCGCCGCUCGCCCAAGCCAGGAGGACGAGCUAGAGAAGGAUGCCUGGGCCCGUCCCGCGCGGCCCCGGGUGAGGCACGCCCGCCGGCGCCAUGGGAAGGGAAGGGCGCCGCUGCUGUGCCCCGCCGGCGCACGCACGACUUGAGCCCCGCCACGGGCAGCUCCCCGCCGCGGGUCCCCGAGUGACACUGGCGGCACCUGGGAGCGUGGUGCGGGCCCGGGACCACGCAGAGGAGCCCAGUGUCCAGUGAAGCAGCUGAGGACCCGCCGCCGCCAUGGUGAUGUCCCAGGGCACCUACACGUUCCUCACGUGCUUCGCCGGCUUCUGGCUCAUCUGGGGUCUCAUCGUUCUGCUCUGCUGCUUCUGCAGCUUCCUGCGCCGCCGCCUCAAACGGCGCCAGGAGGAGCGACUGCGCGAGCAGAACCUACGCGCCCUAGAGUUGGAGCCCCUCGACCUGGAGGGCAGCCUGGCCGGGAGCCCUCCGGGCCUGGCACCACCGCCACCACCGCACCGCAGCCGUCUGGAGGCACCGGCGCACGCACAUCCGCACGUGCACGUGCACCCGCUCCUGCAUCCCGGGCCUGCGCAGCCACACGCGCACCCGCACCCACACCACCACGCGCUUCCGCACCCGCCGCCGCCGCCGCACCUCUCGGUGCCGCCGCGGCCCUGGAGCUACCCACGCCAAGCGGAAUCGGACAUGUCCAAGCCACCAUGUUAUGAAGAGGCGGUGCUGAUGGCCGAGCCGCCGCCGCCCUACAGCGAGGUGCUCACGGACACGCGCGGCCUCUACCGCAAGAUUGUCACGCCGUUUCUGAGCCGCCGCGAUAGCGCGGAGAAACAGGAGCAGCCUCCUCCCAGCUACAAGCCGCUUUUCCUGGACCGGGGCUACACCUCGGCGCUGCACCUACCCAGCGCCCCUCGGCCAGCGCCGCCCUGCCCUGCCCUCUGUCUGCAGGCCGACCGAGGCCGCCGGGUCUUCCCCAGCUGGACCGACUCAGAGCUCAGCAGCCGUGAGCCCCUGGAGCACGGAGCCUGGCGCCUGCCGGUCUCCAUUCCUUUGUUCGGGAGGACUACAGCCGUAUAGAGGCGCGUCCGGCGUCCCGAGCCCCAUGGCGGACUCCUGGCCUGACCGCGGGGCUUUUUAAAUGCUUCCCCUGGACUGCGGGGAGGGGUGGGGGGAGGGAGGGAUUUCUUACCCCGUUUGUUACAUUUUGAGGAUAAUAAAGGUGUGUGAUCUGGUUUGGUACAA